CACCACCACCUCGUUGCGCUUGGCACUCUCGCUCUUACCGUCACACUCGGCACUCUCACCGUCGCCGCGCUUGGCAUUCUCACCGUCGCUGCGCUUGGCAUUUCACUCAGCCAUGGCGUCGCGCCCCACCACGCCGCUGCGACGCGUGUCGCGCGGCAGCAUCUCGUCGCUGCGCCUCUCGCGCUCCGGCGCCGGCUCGGCCCCGACUGCACGCAGCGCCGGCGCCACGCCGCUGGCGUUCCUCGACGCCGCGCUCGCCGACCUCGGCGACGAGACGGCCGUGCUGCAGGCCAACCUCGAGGCGGUGUCGGGCAUCGCGGCGGCGCUGCGCACCUUCGACGAGAGCUUCAGCAUGUUCCUCUACGGGCUGCGCAUGAACGCGUUCUGCACCGAGUGGGCCGAGGCACCGGCCGAGGACAACUUUGAGCGCGCAGGCGAGCGCGGCGCCAAGCUGCAGUCCGAGCUCCUGGCCCGCUCGGCCCUGCGCACGUCGGGCGGCCCCGGCGCCUCGACGGCAGCCGGCUACUCGUCGCCGCCCGACGACGGCGGCAACGUCGGCGACCAGACGUACAUGACCUCCGACGACGUCUCGUUUGGGCCGCCGACGCCCAAGGCCGCACCGGCACUCAAGCCGGCGCUCAAGAAGCCCGCCGCGGCAGGUGCGCGGCCGGCCGCAGCGGCGCCCGCCGGCGCCAAGAAGGCGGCGCCCAAGGGCAAGAUCUCGCUGGCGCUGCGCAAGAAGCGCACCGAGGCCGCCGCACAGAUCAUCGACACGCUGCCGCUCGAGUACCGCGGCGCAGACCCGAAACCACGGGCGCUCGCGGAGAAUGUGCUCCUGGCGCUGAUGGCCGGCGGCGACGACGGCGUGCGCAUCGCCGACAUGCUGGCGCCGCCCGAGAUGACACAGGCGCGCAUCAACAAGACGCUCAUCGCGCUCGUGGCCGCCAAGCACGUCGUCAAGACGAGCAACAACGGCAUCGUGUACCACCUCGACCCGGCGCGGCAUCCCAGCAUUCCGUAGAUCGCGUGCGGCCCGCCUCUCUCUGCUCUGUACUUCUAUGGCGCGUCACCCUCUGCCAAUGUAUCACCUGGUCUAGCAAGC